CCAUUCCGCAGCCACAAACUCUGUGAAAGUCUUCUAUUUUUGCUAAAGUUAUGGAAAGGAAAUCCAUUUUACCGGACAACCUGCAGUACCGGGUAUUUGCCCUGGGUCCUGCCCCGCCAGGAUUUCGUGCCCCAAAUGCUGCCGAGUUUGCCUCCGCGGAGUCGAAUCUUCGUAAGGCCACCCGCUACCUCAAGAACACCUAUGUCAAGCUCGAUCAGCUGCGCACCGUCCUCCAGAAGGAGAAGAAUUACGCGAAGAUUACGGACUACAGGGAUCAAUCCAUGGUGCUAGCCAAGCAAGUGAUUCGCUCCAAGGAACUUAUUGGCAAGUACAGGGGCAUGCUGAUCGACCUGCAGGAUGCCGAAAUCUUCAAGGUCAAGCGCCACAUAGAGCAGAUGGAGGAGCUGCUCUCCGAGGUUAACACCCGCCUGGUCUCCCUGAGGACCAAAAUCCAGGCGGAGACCGAUCCCUCAAAGCGCGAGAUCCACGUGGGCAGCUCCUUCUACCUGGUGCAGGAACAGCACAAGACCAAGGGACUCUGCGAGCGGUGGCGGGAUCGCCUGGACCAGCUGACGAAGGCCAGGAUGGACAAGACUGAGCAGCUUACUGAGAAGCCGAUGCUGAUCAAUAAACAUAAAAUAAUGUUAAAUGCUGAAACCAAAAAGUUAAAGGAAGCCAUUAACUUGAAACAAAUCGGAUUAAAGAAAAGUGGCUGCAAGAGGUGUGCAUACCUAAGAAAGGUGACUAGACAUGGUCCAGCCAAGCUUUGCAAAGUCUGUAAAAAAUGGGCUGAUGAUAAAAAGGCUAAAGAGGCAGUAAACAAGGAAACCAACAAAUCGCCUCAAUUGGCGAAGUCAAAGGAAUUAGAAGUACGAGUGCGUACGGAAGAAUCGGAAGAAGUAUCAGAAGUAUCAGAAGAAUCCACAAUCAAGAUAGAGAUAGAGCCUAUUGAAAUUAACGAGGAAGAGGAAAUAACGUCCUUGGAAAGGGAAACUAGCUCAAAAGAUAACCUUGAUCAGUCCUCCCAGUUGUUUCCCAUUAUCGUUGCUGUUAGGUCUCAAGCAACGACAGUAGUUAAGGAGGAAGAUGAGCCUAGUAAAGAUGAGGUGGACCCCGCAGUAGUCGCUUCCUUACAAAACUCGCUGAAACCCAUCGACAGUAAAAAUAUGGCCUUGGCCUACGUGAAGCUUUUACAAGAGUACGCCAUGUUGAGUGACAACUUUCGGGCCAUUGGACUGCUAAUUGAAGUUGAAAAAUCAGUCGCAAAUCCGCCACAGAACGAGGAUUUCGAUCUUUGAUCCGAUCUGCGCUUAGUUUUUACCUGUAAUCUACAUUUAGAAUGAGAGUUAAGACCCAAAUUUUUUAUAUAAUUAAAAAAUCAAAUAGAUUGUAUGGGGAUCGUUAGGCUCCCACUUAAGUGUUUGGGUGUUCACCAGGUAAAUAAACGUUAAAUAAAGCACUAGAUAUAAUUUGAGCAGAAA